GCUCAGUCUAGAAGCAAACUGAGCGCCAUGCGGCUGAGCCUGUGUCUUCUGACCUUUCUGGUUGUUUGUUACGAAGCUAAUGGCCAGACCUUGGCUGGCCAGGUCUGCCAAGCUUUUCAGGAUGUAAGUAUAACCUUCUUACUAAACCCUGAGGAAGAACUGAAGAGGGAACUUGAGGAAUUUGAUGCACCUCCAGAGGCUGUUGAAGCAACCCUAAAAGUGAAGCGAUGUAUAGAUAAGAUAAUGUAUGGAGACAGACUUUCAAUGGGAACUUCAUUGGUAUUCAUUAUGUUGAAAUGUGAUGUGAAAGUAUGGUUACAAAUAAACUUUCCAAGAGGUCAUUGGUUCUCAGAAAUUAACUGACCUUCACUGCUCAAUGUGAAGGUUUCAAUAUCUUGCACUAAUAAAUUACUCUCCUUGCGUAUUAA